CUGCGUGGCGUCGUAAAGCAAGGAAGGGACGUUCACGACAGCCGCUCAACUGGCUUUGGCGCGCCCGCCGCGGUGCUUUCUCUUCCUUUCUCUCUUUCUGUGCCUGUCUGUCUGUCUUUCUCUGCCGGGCUUAGCCGCCAACAUGGCGUCUGGGGAAGUCAAGUCUGUUCUCUUCGUGUGCUUGGGGAACAUUUGCCGAUCUCCCAUAGCAGAAGCUGUUUUUAGAAAACUUGUAACUGACGAAAACAUUGAAAACAAGUGGAUGAUAGACAGCGCUGCUGUUUCUGACUGGAAUGUGGGACGCUGUCCAGACGCAAGGGCUCUAAGCUGUCUGAGAAAUCAUGGCAUUGAGGCGGCCCAUAAAGCACGACAGGUUACAAAAGAUGAUUUCUUGACGUUUGAUUAUAUGCUGUGCAUGGAUGAAAGCAACCUCCGAGAUCUGAAAAGAAAAAGCAACCAAAUCAAAAACUGCAAAGCUAAGAUUGAGCUCCUCGGUAACUAUGAUCCACAGAAACAGCUUAUUAUUGAAGACCCAUACUAUGGGAAUGAUGAAGAUUUUGAAACUGUUUACCAGCAAUGUCUUAGAUGUUGUAAAGAGUUCUUACAGCAGCCUCAUUAAUGAAGUUCAUUGUUUCUGAGAGCAAAUAAUAUUUAGCAAUUCUGUAAAAUUAUUAAUUUAAAAUCUUAAUUGAUAUUAAAUUGUAAUAUUGCAUAAGUAAAAUAGAUUUCGUUUGAACAUUUUUAGUCUCAUAUGGCCUCUAUUAUAUGUAUCAUACAUGAUAAGUCAUUUUAAAAAUGAUUAUAUGUACUGUACAUGCAAGGAAAAAAUGUCCGGCAUUAAGAGAGAGAAAAAAGUGAAUGAUACAAAGUGUUCAUGCUAUAUGUACUUUGUAUAAGAAUUUCUAUAUAUAUACUCUUAGCCAUGGCAUACUUGUAUGUUUUCCUGAUACUGCUGUUUGAAAAUAGAAUUUCUAACCCUUAAGAUCAAUCUUAAAACUAUAUUUAUGCAUUGAAAUGGCAUCAAACAUACCUGUAUGAUUUCAUGUUUUAUUUCAUCAUUUCAGGUACCAAAAUGGUAUAUUUUAUAUCCAUUCGUUGCUGUUUACAAGAAUUAUGUAAGAGUGUAAACCAGCAGAUAAAUAAAUUAUGCAUUUUUGUCACAGUGAUGCAUUCUAGCUCUUUAGAGUAGCUGAUGUGUCAAUUUCACCAUUCUCCAUCAAUAUAGGAAAUGCUUAAAAUGUGGUAUUUGGUUGAUAGAUGAAGUAUUUAGAUAAUUCAUUUUUAGCUUGUAAAAAAUAUUGCCCGAAUGGCUAUUGACAUAAUGCUUUUAGAAGACUAUAAUUAUUUGUUUGAAGUGCAGGAGGGUUGAGGACAGCUGAAUAUGUUCAUUGUUCUCAUCAGCUUCUUGCUACUACUCCAUACUAACACAAGCAGAAUAAAUUGCAUAAAUGUGCUUAGAUUAUGUAAGGUAUACAAACUAUGAAAAUCUUAUUACUGUGGCACAGAACGUUCACUUUAUGUUUUCAACACAAUGCUGAUUACACUCUGUUGAAGACCAGAAUGUUUUGAGUGCCAAAGGAUGGGAUUAAAAGGUGAGUAACGGCCUCCGUGUUAUUUAUACCCCAUCCUCAAAUGUUUCAAGAACAUUUUCCUUUCUCCUGUUUGGAGGAAAUGUAGAAGCUGAAUUUUCCAGCUAAACUUCUUCAAUUUACAGUUUUCAAGUUAGUUUGUAUGGAUAACAGCUAUGGUUUUUGGAUUGUUUUAUGUUUUAUGCUUUUGCCCCUGUAUCUUUGCCGCAUCGCAGUGCUGCCCUUUCUGGCUAUUUUAAUGCAGAAACUAAGUUUCCUUCAUGAUGUUCUUCCUGCUCCGCCAAACUCAUCCUUAUGGUCAAGAUGUUUUCGGCAGCACCAGUUACUGAUACUCUUUCUAUAUCACUAUAUUGUUUUCAAGAAGUUUUCAUGUUGUCCUUUAAAUCUUUGUUCAAACCCAAAAGUGGUGCAUUUGGAAGGCUGUGUUUUGUCUCCUGUGGAUCCCUUCACAUCCCUUUACAGCCUCUGGACAUUUUGGAGGGAUUUCAGAGAGUGUCUGGAAAACCCCACAGACUGCACUUUGCCCCCCUUCCUGCCCCCAGUGCUGAAGGGACCACCUGUCAGAAUUCUGCCACUUCUGAAUUCUGACGUGUGAAGCGUUACACAGGGAACACAGAUGAAAUUUUUCUAUGGAGUACAAUGUCACUGCCUACACUGGUAGGUCUGGCUUACUAGGCGAAGCAAGGGUUUGAUAAUAAAUCAAGUCCUUGUGCCAAAGUCAACAUAUCUGGGCAUGAUAAUAUGUGAUUCUGAGUUGAUGCUGUCAGGUUGUUGUCUCUCAUUUCCCUACCCAUUUCUCUCCCUUGAAAAGCCCUUCCUUAUUGCUGCUUGAAAAUAGAAGCAAAGAAAACUUAUUUUCCACUGAAACAUGCAGCCAUUACAUAUUGGAGAGCAGUGAAAGAUGUAAGAUGUAUCUGCGAAAGGCUUCUGUUGAACUCCAAAGUGCCUCUGUGUAAAGGGUUGCUGGAUAUAACACAUUAAUGCAUGUUGAAGGAAAGUGACGUGAAUAAUCGUUUUGUAAAUAAUGGGCGAGCGAGGCAUUCCUGGUUAUCUUCAAUCCAUGCAGUGUAAUGCUGUACAGCUGGCUGUUUAAAAAACAAAACAGUGUAUUAUUUUUUAAAAAGCUACUAAGAUCUGUAUCGUCUACCAAGUGGUAUUAAUAAAUCGAAGUUGGACACAUGAAGAGAUGAACUUGCUAUAAUCCCUUGGGGCCUAGAAUAAUUCAUGCUACUGUUUUGAGUAUUCCUCAGUAAGCAUAAACAAUAGGAUACUGAAUUCUUCCCCUGCCUCCAGAUGCACUGCAACAAACCCAGUCAUGGCCUUUAGGAACAGCUUGCAUGGCGUGGCCUUAGGAAAGAGUGAAGCUGCUAUAUUUUCCUGAGCAACAUGAAUAAGAUUUCUCUUGAAGCUAAUAGACAGGAAUGUUGAAGCAUGUCUGGCUAAAGACUGGUCUGGUAGAGGGAAGAAAAUACAGAUACCAGUAGGCAUGGCAGGGGUAAAGAUUCUGGAGGGGAGGAUUUUUUAAAAAAAGAUUAGAUCCACAUUUUGCUCCAGUUUCUCCUUAAGGACCAAGCCUCUGGGGUUUGCAUUGCAUCAGAGCUUGUUGUGUUAAGGAGGAGCUGUAGUUCAGUUCCAGAGCUUUUGAAAGCAAAAGGUUGCAGAAUAUGUAGGACAAUAAAGAUUCUAUAAUCAUGGAGAACUGGCACUAGUCAUUGUUGACAAUAUGGGGCUAGACUGAACAACUGUGUGACAAUAUAAAACAAAGUGCAAAAGGUUUAUAGCUCUUGGCAGUGUCUUUCAAUUUCCAUUGAUCUAUCCAGUACUGCUGUAGGAAUCUAUUUCAUAUUUUAAUAAAGCCCUAAAACUAGUAAUUAAAGAUACUGUAUAUAAAGAUAUUGUAGCUAUAGUAAUUAUACUCCAUGUCUGUGAUGUGACAAAUAAAGCAGUGCAAAGAU